CUAAAAAUGAUGCGCGGAGCCGGACAGCAGCCUAUCAUUGUGCUCAGCCAGGGUACAAAGCGUGAGAGUGGCCAUCAGGUCCAAAUCGGAAAUAUCAACGCUUGCAAGACGAUCGCCGACGUGAUUCGCACAAGUUUGGGCCCUCGGGCCAUGCUAAAGAUGUUGAUGGAUCCAAUGGGAGGAAUUGUCAUGACAAAUGACGGAAACGCCAUUUUGAGAGAAAUCACCGUAAAACACCCGGCAGCCAAAUCAAUGAUCGAAAUUGCCCGUACUCAGGACGAGGAAACCGGCGACGGAACCACAUCAGUCAUCAUUUUAGCCGGAGAAGUUAUGGCUCACGCUCAAACAUAUUUGGAGCAAAAAACUCAUCCAACUCUGAUUAUUAAAGCCUAUCGUCAGGCUCUUGAAGAUAUGAUUCAAUGGUCUGAGAAUAAAUUCUCGAAAACUGUCGAUAUAACUGAUGAUGCGGAGAUUGCAAAAGUCGUUAAAUCGUGUUUGGGAACGAAAAUGAUCAGUAAAUGGAUGGAUUUGGCUGUGAAUAUCUCGAUUCAGGCCGUCAAGACUAUUCGUGUUGAGAAGGCCGGUGUCAGAGAGAUUGAUAUCAAGAGAUAUUGCCGUAUCGAAAAGAUUCCAGGAGGCCGUAUUGAGGAUAGUCAAGUUGUUAAGGGAAUUGUCGUUAAUAAGGAUAUUCUCCACGCAAAAAUGCGCCGACGCAUCGAAAAUCCACGUAUUGUACUGUUGGAUUGCAAUUUGGAGUACAAAAAGGGAGAAUCGCAGACUUCCCUAGAAAUCAUGCGUGAAGAGGACAUUUCGGCGAUUUUGGAGCAAGAAGAGCAAGCAAUUCGCAAGCAAUGCGAUGAAAUUAUCAAGUUGAAGCCGGAUCUCGUGUUCACCGAAAAAGGAAUUUCCGAUUUGGCGCAACAUUUCCUACUUAAAGCCGGAAUUACAUGCUUGAGACGUCUCAAAAAGACUGAUAACAACCGAUUGGCUCGUGUCUGUGGAGCCCGUGUUGUACAUGAUACUUCAGAUUUAAGAGAUGAAGAUGUUGGAACUAAAGCCCAACUUUUUGAAGUUGUUAAAAUUGCUGAUGAGUAUUAUACUUAUGUUACGGCUGAAACUACGACCGCUUGUACUGUUGUACUUCGUGGACCAUCAAAGGAUGUCAUUAAUGAGGUCGAACGUAAUCUCCAAGACUCUCUUCACGUCGUCCGUAACAUUAUGAUCAAUCCAAAGCUUGUACCAGGUGGCGGAGCUCUUGAAAUGGCUUUGAGCCGUGAAAUUGAACAACAAGGAGCCAAAAUGGACGGAGUUAAGAAAUGGCCGUAUAAGGCGAUUGGAUUGGCUCUUGAAGUGAUUCCACGGACAUUAAUUCAGAAUUGUGGAGGUUCUACAAUUCGAAAAAUGACCGAAUUGCGUGCGAUUCACGCUCAAAACGCUGAAAAUUGGACUUUUGGAGUCGACGGAACCUCGGGAGACUUGGUUGACAUGAACAAACUGGAAAUCUGGGACCCACUGGCCGUCCGUAUUCAAGUUCUCAAAACAGCCAUCGAAACAUCGGUUAUGCUUCUCCGUAUCGACGAUAUUGUUUCGGGAACAAAGAAGGCUGUCGGAGGCGAAAAACAGGAAAUGAUGCCACAAUAAAUCCCUUUUUUCUUCAUUUUUUCAUUAUUUUUUCCCUUUUUUGUGAGAAUUUUUGGACUUUUUUGAGUGAAAAUUUGACGAAAAUCGGUUGAAAAGUGCGAUUUUUUGAGCUAAAAUUCAUAUUUUCACAGAAAAUUCGAAUUUUCACCAUUUUUUGGUUUGAAAAAUGUGAUUUUUUUGAAUUUUAAGCCGAUUUUUAGCCUAAAAACUCCGAAUUUCUUCCUGAAAAGUGCAUUUUUUGGCUCUAAUUUUGAAUUUUCACAGAUUUUUCGGCUUAAAUUUGCUCCAAAAAUCUAUUUUUCUGGGCUUUAAGCUAAUUUUUUGCCUAAAAUUAGCUUUAAAAAUGCGAUUUUUACCUCGAAAACAUGAUUUUAAACCAUUUUUCGGCUCCAAAAUUCCAAAUUUUUCCACAAAAAACUCUGAAAAAUGCAAAUUUUCCCCUAAAAAUCGGAUUUUUAGCCAUUUUUCGGCUCAAAAAUUUCUCCAAAAUUCCCGAAUUUCACCGAAAAAUCUGAUUUUUCCCCAAUUUUCUCUUUAAAAAACUCUGAAAAAUGCGUUUUUUUGGCUCGAAAAUUCGAUUUUUUACCAUUUUUCGGCUCAAAAAUAUGCUCCAAAAUCCUAUUUUCGCCCCGACAAAUCCUCAAAAAUGCUAAAUUUCCCCAAAAUUCACAAUUUUAAGCCAAUUUUCCUCCAAAAAAAAAAAUGGAUUUUUGACUUAAAAAUUCGAUUUUCAGUCAUUUUGUUCUGAAAAAAUCCAAUUUUUCCUUUAAAAAAUCCCUUUAAUCGCCCCAUCUAAGUUCUCCCAUUCAAUCCGAUCUUUUCCGUGUUAUUUUCCCAUUAAAUUUCAGCUUUUUCCCCGUUUUUGUUUGCUUUUUCCCGCUUUUUUCCAAUUUUUUUUGUAAUAAUUUGUUUGUUUUUGCCGCGACACACGUUUCUCUAUAAAUUUGCCCCCCCCGUUUUU